AUGGAAGAUCCACGAACCACGGCGUAUCAAUCUCAAAAUCAGCGAAGAAGAUGUAGAAAAGGUUAGUUAAUUUGAAACUUUUUAUGAGGUUAUUCAUUCUCAGUCCAAAAAAAACAUGAUAAAAAUGUUAUUUUUUUUCAUUCUUUCGAUUCUGAAUAACCUUACUAAAGAUUUUGAACUGGAAGUUGUGUAAUUAGAAAACAUUUUCCAGGCCUUUCACGCGAAGUACUUGUGGCUUUGAGCCCGGGACUCCGUCUUGGAGACAUUUUGCACAUAAAAAAGGAGCUGUUCUCGAAGGAAACCACCGCGAAUCCCAAUCGGAUUCAAUUUUCGAUGAAAUGUCGCCGGAUCAAAUGCGACUUUAUCUCAAAAUUCAAGCAACUCAAAGAGGAAUUCAAAAAGAUGUGGAGAAGGUUGGUUGUUUGAAAUAUUUUUCAAUUGAUUUUUCACAAUCCAUUCUCCAGGCGUUCCAUCAGAUGGACAAAGAGGAAUUCAAAAUGGAUUUGUAAAUAG